AGGAGGGCGGCGAGAUGGCAGGCUCCUCCAAGUACCCUCGCACCUCCCGCAAGCCGCUGGACCUGUCGGUGCUGCCCGAGGAGGAGCUGCGGCGGCUGCUGGCGCUGGAGGCGCGGGUGGAGGGGCUGGGAGUGCGGGGGGAGGCGCUGGGGGAGGACAGACACGGCAGCAGGUACUGGUGGCUGGGUGCCGACCACGUGCACCCGCAGGGGCCCCAAGGGGUCAUCCUGGUCGAGCAGGUGCCGCCCGGGGUGGAGGCGGCGGAGGAGGAGAAGGCGGCACGGGUCUUUUCCGAGCGGCAGACCCGACGAGAGAAGGAGGAGCAGGAGGAGCAGCAGCACAAGGCGCAACUGGAGAAGAAGAAGGCAGCAGCAGCGGGAGAGGAGCAGACGCAGGAAGUCGAGGAGCCGGAGUUGGAUGAGUGGGGGUUGCCGAAGGAGCGUCCCCGGCCCAAGAUCGUGGCGAUCGGGCAGGACCGACCCGCGGGUCACUCGUGGGGCAUGUAUCACACGGCCGAGCAGCUCACGGCGCUGAUUGACUGGCUGAACCCCAAGGGGCUGCGCGAGGGGGCGCUGCGGGGGGCGCUGCUCAAGGCCAGGGACCGUAUCGCGGCCUCUCAGGCGGUGGUUCCUGACACCAAGCAGAGAAACAAGGCACUGCCGCCACUACCACCACCGCAGCCUCAGCAGCCCCAGCAGCAGCAGUCUUCAGGAGCUGCGGAGGGACAAGCUAAUGGUGAGGGAGGCGCAUCGGAUUCCGCGCCACAACCGCCACCUCCGCCGCCAGCGCUGCUGUGCCCUUGUGUAACGGUCGCGGCCGGCAGUAAACGCACCACCACCGCCACUCGGCAAGGCUCGGGCGCCGCACCAGAACCCGCUGACACCAUCGCCGCCGCCGUCACCGCCGACGCUUCCUCCUCCUCUGAACCCCCAGCGGAGGCGCUCGCCAUCCGAUCCGAGCUCCUCUCCCUCCAUCGCAACCUCCCUUCCGAGGCCUUUUCCCGAUUCUGGGGCUCUGCCGCGCGUCAAGCCCGCUGGCGAGCCUUUGUGGAGUCCGCCGUCACGCCGCAGCAGCUCUCCGCGGCCCUCACCGUGCUGGAGUCCAUGCUAGUGGAUGAGGCCCUGCGGCCGCACUGGCGGCUGUACGGCCUGCCGGCACAGCACCCGCAGCUCUGUGCGACAUGGGCGGGCGCAUGGUACCGGCUGGGGGGGCUGCAGGGCGCCAUUCGGAAGCAGUUUGUGCCACCGCGGGAGAGGCAGGAGAGGGAGGCGGCGGCGGCGGCAGGCAUUCCGGCUCAGCUGUUGGCGCAGGAGCGAUACCCCUCGCGACGUGGGGGUGCGGGUGGGGGUGCGGUGCUGCCGGACGUUGCCAACGUUAAGAGCCGGGAGGCCGCUGCACUGCUUUCCUCCGCUCUCCCAGCCAAGAAGGAUGCCAAGAAGGACGCCAAGAAGGGACAGAAGCGGCAGCGCAGUCCCGUAGAAGAUGAAGAGAACGAGGAGGAGGAGGAGCAGCAGGAAGAGGAGGAGGAAAAGAGCGGCAGGGCGGGGCGGCGGCGCAGCAAGCGAGUGGCGACGGAGGCUUCAAAGGCCAAGGCGGGUGCGGGUAGCAAGUCAGCAGCAGCUGCUGCGAAGGGCAACGGCAAGGCUGCGCAAGGGAAGAAGGCGCCGAUGGUAGUGGAGGAGGAGCCUGAGGAGGGCGAGGUUGAGGAUGAGGAAGAGGAGGAGGAGGAGUCGGGCAGUGAUGCUGAGGCGUCCGGGGCCGAUGAAGAGGAGGAGGAGGACGAGGAGGAGGAAGAAGAGGAGGAGGACGAAGAAGAAGAGGAGGAGGAGGAGGAAGAGGUUGGCGGACGAGGGCGGCGGGCUCCCCCUAGCCGGGCCUCUACUCGGCUGCAGCGGAAGCCGGGCAGGGAGGCUCCCUCGGCACGUCGUUCCGGUCGGCUACGGAGGUUGGAGGAGGAGGAGCCGGAGGAGGAGGAGGAGGACAGCGAUGAGGAAGAGGAGGAGGAGGAGGAGACCCGGCCGGCGAAGCGCACGCGUGGGGCGACUGCGGCGGCUGCGAAGGGGGUUGCGGCUGCAGCGGGUCGACAGAAGGGCAGAGCAGCGUCACGAGCAGCAGCUGUGGUCUCCUCGUCCUCUUCCUCUUCAUCAGAAGACGAGGAGGAGGAGGAGGAGGAGCAAGGGCAGCGCGGGGGCCGGACUCGUGGCGGCGCUGCAGCUGCGCCCGCUGCACCUGCUGCCGCUGCCGUGACUGCUCGCGGUGCUCAGGACAAGCCGCAGACCCGCACGCGCGGUGGCAGCAGCGGCGGUGGCGCCCAGGCAGUAGCGGCUCCUGCGGCGGCAGCGGGUGCUGCUGCGGCGGCGGCGGCAGCGGUUGGCGGCAAGUCGGCUCUAGGAGCCCGGGCGGCUGCGAUUCUGGAGAACCGCAAGCGAGCCCUGGCGGAUUGGUCGGAGGAGAGCGAGGAGGAGGAGGAGGCUGGCGGCAGGGGUCGCUCGUCUUCGGAGGAAGAGGAGGAGAGAGAGCAGCGGCAGCCAGCGGCGGCAGGAGGGAGGAGGACGCAGGGAGCUGCGGCGGCUGCGGGGAAGCGUGGUGGGGCUGCGGCUGGCGGAUCUCGGCAGCAGCAGCAGGCGGCAGCGGCUAGGGGUGCGGCUAAGAAGCCGCCGCCACGGCGGGGUAUGGCACGGAGUGAGGUGGAGUAUGAUGUGGAGGAUUUUGACGAUCUGAACACUUAAGGGAGGCAGACGUAUAUUUGGGUGCGUGAUGAACCGUGCUAGGUAGGAAUAACUGUGAUGAUGAGGAGGAUUAUGCCGUUAAGGAGGUAAGGGGUAGGGACUGCAGGGUAUGUAGGAAACGAGGGUGGCAAUACGCAUGUGGGUCGGCAAUACGGACUUUGCGUGUUCGGAUGCUGUGGAUAGAGGGUUGCGAUUCGCGUGUUGAUUUGCUGACCAGUUCAUAGGUCCAUGACAGUACCGGGCGGUAUGUGGCAUUCGGAAUAUGGGUAUGGACCUGGAAACAUUGGGCUUUGUGUGCUGGCUAGUUAGUUGAGGAUAGCUGUUGGUUAACAAUUGUGAAGUGUGGAUCGUCGGCGAAGCUUAGGUAGGUGAUAGCAGUGGCGAUGUGCAGCUGUGUGUGCGCACAGGAGAUUAGGGCUGUCGCCACAAGAGCCGGCGGCAUUAUGGUUAAAGACUACUGAAAACGUACUUCAUAAACGACGGUUGAUUUGUUGACUUUUCCUGCAUGCAAGAAUUAGCUCUCAGGGCUUACUUUUGAAAUCCACCCAAUGGGUUUAGCAACCAGGGCCGUCAUGUGCAGGCGUUAACUGGGCACUGCAGGUCUGCGGUGUACACCCAGAUGGGCAUCCUGUAGGGUAACGGGACGACACCAACAUGCAAUCCCUUCUGUAUCCAAGGCAAG